AUUACCCAUGGAGGUGGAACACCCAGGUGCUGAUGAACUCCGCUCUCAUCAAAUGGAUCUAUCUGCCUGACUUCUACACUGUGCCCAACUCCAAAAACCUCAUGGCGGACUUUGUGCUGCUGAUGUGUGCGUCCCAACAGUGGAAGGUGUUUGAGUGUGAACGGGUCGAGGAGUGGAUGGUCCUAGCAGGAGAGAACACAGACGAGCCCGAUCCGAUGGAGGGUCGACUCUUUAACCCGGCGCCGAACUUCAUCAACUGCAGGUGA